AUGAGCAGCAUGUACGAACGCUCGUUCCAGCGCGGGUCGGUCGUCCACAGCUUCAAUUCGUCAAAAAGUGGGACCCCCGUCACCUCUGCGGACUGUAAGUUCCUCGGUCGAUACCGGUGCGUUAAGACUGCAAACUUCGCUCGGCCGCGCUUCGCUGUGUUCGAUAACGACGAGCGCUGGUGUUUCCUCGAGGAAUUCGCUCCGUCCAGACGAGGUCCAGCGUCGUCCGUGACUGGGUUCACGCUCUCCCAACGAUCACUGCAGCCGGAUGCUCUUCCACGCGCUGUACGUCCACCAAUCGAACUCGUUCGACACAGUCGCGGCCUUGGCUUCAGACGUUCCAACAAGCGCAUUCACCAGGUUCUAGGUCUGUCGCUAGGUUGCUUGGUAGAAACAAUCGAGGAGAGUCGUCCGGCUGCCGUUCGGAUCGUGUUCUACGGCUGCUGUUCGGAUAAAGAGCACGGAGACUUGAACGUCGCUCGGAGGAGAAUGCUGCGCCUCGCACACGGCGUCCUCAAGCUGCCAGCGAUCGUGCAUCGUCGUCGGAUGAGCGCGCAAGUGCCUGCUGACGUGUGGUCCAUCACGAGGCUGGUGUCGACAGCUCCAAGUGCUUCACGCUGUGUAGCCUGCUCUCGAUCACUCCGUUGGCGGUUCAUGGUCAACAAGAAUCGAUGUUAUCUGUGCGCACACUUGGUCUGUUCUCGUUGCUGGAUUCGCCAGCCUCUGGAAGCCACGAACGGUCGAACGAUCUCGGUGCUUGUGUGCCCAAACUGCUUGCAAAGCGUCCAGAACUGCAACUACGCGCACCUCGCAGCUUCCUCCAUGUCUAGUCACGAUCGUGGCAGUAGUUUAAGCACCACCAGUCCCAUUUCCGUAAUCGCCGGCGCAGAUGUCUACUUCCACACGACCCAAGUGUUACCAGACCCCGACGACGCUCCCGAGCCAGGUCACGCGGUGGUCACGUACCUUGACGAUAUUUUCAAUGACCCGGUCGAUUAUUCCUCUGGCUCUUUCGAGUCGCAGUCCACAGCUCUCAACGUGCUGCAGCAGAUCGUCACAACACUCGAUGAAGGCGUCAGCCGCGUCCUGGAGCAUACUUCCGCGAGUACGGAAGCCCUAAACGACCCCGAGUUUGAGAUCCCAGUAGCUCUGCAGAGAUUACGAAGCCAGUUCCAAAGAGAAGCUCUGCCGCUUGAAGCGUGUGUGCUGUCUAACGCUGUGACUCGAGCAUACCCCAUCGACACGGCUUGUGGUAGUGCAGGCGUGUCUGUUAUACCUGUCGGGCCCAUGCCUCCAAACGAAGCGAGCCGUAUACAAGCGAUCAUCCAGGAGCAAUUACUGCUAGCAAGGAGGUCGAACGAGCUCGUUCUCAUCUGCGAGUUAGCCACACGAGAGUUGGACUGCUUGGCCGCACUCGUGACGAUUGUAGGGAGCACCACGCAGUUCAUUCUCGCCAGCAACUCGCCACUCUUCCAAAACGCCGAGCUGCCUCGAGAACACACAAUGUGUCAGCAUCUGCUGAUGGGCGACAGACCGAUGCUCGUCCAGCAUCCAGAAGCUGACGUCCGCUUCGGCAACUUAGACCUCGUGGUCGACUAUGGCCUCCAGUUUUACGCCGGCUUCCCCAUCUUCAGUCGUGACGGUCUCUCAGUAGUCGGAUCUCUCUGCUGCCUCGAUGUUCGGUCGCGAGACGUGACACAGUCGCAGUACUCCACGCUCUCGCAUCUCACCCGAGCAGCAUCAGCUAUCAUCACCAACCAAUGUAGCCAAGCCAGCACGCUGCAACUGAUCCAGACGCAGCAAGUAAACUAG